AUGUUAUCAGGCCUCCAGAACCCACGGCAAGCUGCCGCGCAGCUCAUGAACUUUGCCUUAAUACUUUCAACGGCAUUCAUGAUGUGGAAAGGUCUUUCAGUGGCUACCGACUCCCCCUCACCCAUCGUCGUCGUCCUCUCCGGCUCCAUGGAACCAGCUUUCCAACGUGGCGAUCUCCUCCUCCUAUGGAACCGAAACAUAUGGCGAGAAACUGCGGUGGGCGAGGUUGUCGUUUACAAUGUGAAGGGCAAAGAUAUCCCCAUCGUCCACAGAGUCGUUCGCAAAUUCGGAACUGGUGACAAGGCAAAGCUUCUCACAAAAGGUGACAACAAUAAUGCCGACGACACAGACCUCUAUGCCCGCGGGCAGGAUUAUCUGGCGCGCGAGGACAUUAUUGGCAGCGUAGUCGGAUACUUUCCGUUCGUCGGAUACGUCACAAUCCUGUUGUCGGAACAUCCUUGGUUGAAGACGGUCAUGCUGGGUAUGAUGGGUCUGCUGGUGAUGAUUCAGAGGGAGUAA